UUAUAAAGAACCCAACCGAAGCCAACCCUAGACUGGUUUGGUUGACCGGAAUGGCGUCAGACGGCGGCGGAAGGGAGCCCCGGCGAGUGCUGGAGUUUUACAGUGGAAUCGGCGGCAUGAGGUACUCGCUGAUGAAAGCCCUGGUGAACGCGCAAGUUGUGGAAGCAUUUGAAAUUAAUGACAGAGCAAAUGAUGUUUACCAACACAAUUUUGGUCAUCGUCCUUAUCAGGGGAAUAUUCAAUGUCUGACUGCUUCUGAUCUGGACAAGUAUGGUGCCGAUGCGUGGCUUCUUUCUCCUCCCUGCCAACCUUACACACGACAAGGUCUCCAGAAGGACACUGGUGAUGCUAGAGCGUUUUCUUUUCUUCAGAUUCUUGAGCUUAUGCCAUUCUUAUUGCAGCCUCCAAGUAUGUUAUUUGUGGAAAAUGUUGUUGGGUUUGAGACAUCUGAUACACAUGCAAAACUGAUUGAGAUAUUGGAAAAAACAAAUUUUAUCACACAGGAAUUCAUUCUGAGCCCUUUACAGUUUGGGAUCCCAUAUUCUAGGCCUCGUUAUUUUUGUCUGGCUAAGAGAAAACCUUCAUCUUUUGUAAAUGAAUUUUUGAACAGCCAGCUGAUUCAAUCUCCUAGACCAUUAUUUGAGCAUUUUGAUACAGUGGCUAAUGAAGAUGAUUCAUUGCAAGAGGACAGGCAUAAGUUGUUGCAGUCAUGUCAACCUAUUGAGAAAUUUCUUGAAUUGAAGAACCCUAGGAAUGAUAUAGAUGUUGAACCUGCAACUUUAAUGACUGGUUUAUCUAAUGCAACUCCUAGAACUUUGGGGGGAGAUAAUGAUCAUGAAUAUGAUUCUUUACACCAGUAUUAUGUUCCCCCGAGCCUGGUAGAGCGGUGGGGAAGUGCUAUGGAUGUUGUCUAUCCUGAUUCAAACCGCUGCUGCUGUUUUACAAAAAGUUAUUACAGAUAUGUGAAGGGAACUGGAUCCCUUUUGGCAACUGUCCAGCCUAUGAAGAGGGACAAAACAUCGCUAAAGGAGCAGUGCCUUAGAUAUUUUACCCCAAGAGAGGUUGCAAACUUACAUUCUUUUCCUGAAGAUUUCGUGUUUCCAGAGCACAUUAGUCUCAAACAACGGUAUGCAUUGCUAGGGAACAGUUUAAGCAUAGCAGUUGUUGCUCCCUUACUUCAGUAUCUUUUCACUGAACCUUAAUCAUUUCUCAAUCACAACAUCCAUUCAACAAAAGCAGAUAUUUCCCAGCCGUGCCUAUCACCUAUAAUUUUGCAAUGAUUGUGAGAUCAUGUAACAGAAUUUUGGGAGUUCUUGUUUCAAUCAUGAUGAUCCAACUCUUACAUGAGUUUGACUAUUUUUACUACAGAAUUCAAAUUUCUAACGUAGAAUUCUGUGAUCAUCUUUUAAAAGCUCACUAAUAGUAAUAGGAGGGGGGAAAAUUUGGGAGAGAUUCAAAAUGUACUUAUCAAGCAUCUUGUAGAAGAAAGGAUAGGAUCUUGUAACUACUUGCUCAGACAGCAAGGAUACCCCUUUUAGCAACAAAAAAAAAGUGUUGUAUCCCUACAGUGAUCAGCAUGACACUGCACAUUUUAUUUUUAUUUCAUUGCGGGUGAAUGGAUUCGUACCAUAUA